UACUCGCUCCUUAUCUGCGUUUUAGCUUAAUUCAUUCAAACCAAUCCCACAAGCCACAACACAACAUCUCUCUCUCAUCUUCAUCUUCAUCUUCAUCUUCAUGGAUGAGGCCAACGCUAACGCAACGCAACCACUUCUCACCUCCAUCCACAGAGACAGAGACAGAGAGGAGAAUGAAAUCCAAACCCCAUACGGAAACCUUGAACAACAACUGGACGACAUCCCUCCCAUCAACAACCUCCGCGACUUCUCCAGGGAGUUUGCCCAGGAAUUGAAGAAGCUGUGGUACCUGGCCGGGCCCGCCAUCUUCACCUCCGUAUGCCAGUACUCCCUCGGGGCCGUCACCCAGGUCUUCGCUGGCCACGUCUCCACUCUCGCCCUCGCUGCCGUCUCCGUCGAGAACUCCGUUAUCGCCGGGUUCGCCUUCGGCGUCAUGCUUGGCAUGGGAAGUGCCCUGGAGACGCUGUGCGGCCAAGCGUACGGGGCCGGGAAGCCCGAGAUGCUAGGAGUUUACAUGCAAAGGUCGUGGGUCAUCCUCACGGCCACGGCUCUCGUACUGAGCCCUCUCUACGUGUUUGCGGAGGCGUGGCUGAAAGUGAUUGGGCAGACGAGGGAAAUCUCGGAGGCGGCCGGAGUUUUGUCCAUCUGGAUGAUCCCCCAGCUGUUUGCGUACGCCUUCAACUUUCCCAUCGCCAAGUUUCUACAGUCGCAGAGCAAGAUGGUGGCGAUGGCCGUCAUCUCAGCGGUGGCGUUGGUCCUCCACGCGCUCUUCAGCUGGAUCUUCAUCCUGAAGUGGGGGUGGGGCCUGCCUGGGGCCGCGCUCGUGCUCAACUCCUCCUGGUGGUUCAUAGUCGGGGCGCAGUUGGUUUACAUAUUUAGUGGAAGCUGCGGUGAGGCUUGGUCCGGAUUCUCCUGGACCGCGUUUCACAACCUUUGGAAUUUCGUCUCCUUGUCUUUGGCUUCCGCGGUGAUGCUGUGCUUGGAGAUGUGGUACUACAUGGCUCUAGUACUUUUCGCCGGAUAUUUGAACAACGCGGAGCUCUCCGUUGACGCCUUGUCCAUAUGCGUCAACAUAGUUGGAUGGACAGUAAUGGUGGCGCUUGGAAUGAAUGCAGCCGUCAGCGUGAGAGUAUCGAAUGAACUAGGGGCGGCUCAUCCGAGAACGGCCAAGUUUUCGUUGGCAGUGGCAGUCAUAACUUCGUGUCUGAUCGGUCUCUUGCUCUCUUUGGUUUUCAUCAUUGAAAGAAACAACUAUCCGUAUUUGUUCACAAACGACAGUGCAGUUCAGAAGCUUGUGAAGCAGCUAACUCCCAUUCUGUCUCUCUGUGUUCUCAUCAACAAUGUUCAACCAGUUCUCUCAGGGGUGGCCAUUGGAGCUGGAUGGCAAGCUGCUGUAGCUUAUGUCAAUGUUGGGUGCUACUAUGUGCUUGGCGUUCCACUGGGCCUUCUCAUGGGUUUGAAGCUGCAACUCGGUGUUACUGGAAUUUGGUAUGGAAUGCUUUCCGGAACCAUCGUGCAAACUUGUGUCUUGUUUUUGAUGGUUUACAGGACCAACUGGAACAGAGAGGCUUCUGCUGCUGAAGAUAGAAUAAGGAAAUGGGGAGGCAUCUCUGAUUCGUAUGGAAACGACCACAGAGAGAAGUAGAUGCAAACAUGCCAAAGCACUAUACACAAUCUAUCUAUCUAUUAGUGCGAUGAGCAGGAAUUUCAGUCAGGCAGAGAGAACUCGGCCAGGCUAUUGCUUCUUGGGAUUUAUGGUCAGAAGAAACUUCCAUUCGAGAUUAAAUUUUGAAUAGUUUUAGUCUCGAGGAGUUCACCAAUCUCCCUCUCCUCACACCAUGGUUUGGUUUCUGAAGUUUUACUUCAGACCUCAGGCCUCAAGGUGUCAUUAGGGCUCUUGGAUAGAAUUUCCCUACGAAAAAGUGUGUGAAUUUUUUAAAUGGACCCUUCCUUGUCUGGGGAAUCCUACUUGAGAUAAAGUUAAGAGAAACCCCCAUUAUCAUGAUUACGUAGAAAAAAAAUCGACUUUGGUUGCUGAGUUGCAAA